CCAGUCCCAGUCGCCGUGUGGCGUGUGUUCGACUAAAAAUUUAGUAACGACUAACUAGUAGCGUAGUAGCGUAGUAACUAGUAGCGUACCAGCGCUGUGCCGUCGUACACUUGUACCGUUGUAGUAUUUAUCUAUUCUGUGGUUGUAGUAAUACACUGUUUCAGUGUAGUGGGCUGUAGGCAGUAUAUAGCGUUGAUCAACCGUUCGUGUGCCGGACGACCAUAAUAUUAUCAAAUUCGCGCGGUCGUUUCUCCCGGGCCCGUGACACCGUCGUCCCGACAUUUCCCACCCGAAAUAAAUAUGUGUCCGUAGAAUCCGCGAUAAAUAUAUCGCACGUACCAAAUACUAACCAUACCUACUCGCCGACAUAGCGUAUCGUCACCACUCGAGAAGAUAAUAAUAUCAACCAUGGCCACCCGAGACGAACCGGGAAUCGUGGAUUUUGUCCUGCUGGACGAGAUCACGAUCGAGGGAUUCAUGGAAAACCUGACGUUGAGAUUCAACUCUGGUUUUAUAUAUACCUAUAUUGGGGAAGUCUGUAUUUCUGUAAAUCCAUACCGCACUUUAAACAUCUAUGGUCAAGACUACAUAAAUCAAUACAAAGGACGGGAGAUUUUUGAAAACCCAGCACAUAUAUUUGCAAUUGCAGACUCUGCACACCGUAGCAUGAAAAUGCACAGUCAAGAUUCUUGUAUUGUUAUUAGUGGUGAAUCAGGAAGUGGUAAAACUGAAGCAUCUAAGAUUAUAAUGAAGUAUAUUGCUGCAGUUACUAACUUGACUGGUCAACAAGAAGUGGAACGAGUAAAGAACAUCUUGAUUCAAUCAAACAUAGUUUUAGAGACAUUUGGAAACGCUAAAACCAACAGAAAUGAUAAUUCCUCUAGAUUUGGAAAAUAUAUGGAUAUCAAUUUUGAUUUUAAAGGAGAUCCAAUUGGUGGACGAGUAAUUAAUUAUUUACUUGAAAAAUCUCGUGUUAUACAACAACAACUUGGUGAACGUAACUUCCAUAGCUUUUAUCAGGCAUUAGGAAAUACAACACAUAAAGAAGCUAGCAAUUUAGGGUUGAAUCCAGAUCCCCAACAUUAUUUUUAUACACAGCAAGGAAAAUCCACAAUUACAUCAGCUGAUAAAUCUGAUUUUCAAGCUACCUUAAGUGCUUGUAAGACACUUGGAUUUUCCGUGAUUGACAUUAAAACCACUUGGAAAAUUGUUGCCGCCAUCUUACAAUUAGGAAAUGUAACAUUUUCCACCAAUGAUGAUGAUACUAUUGCUGUGACUAAAUCUCAUAAUAAUCCAGUUGAACAAGUAUCCAAGCUGUUAGAGGUUGACACUAAAGAUCUUUUAACAGCUCUAAGUAAACGUAUAAUUGCGGCAAAUGGUGAAGUAUUGCAGAAAGCUCACACUUUAUCUCAGGCUGAAGUUGGAAGAGAUGCAUUAGCAAAAGCAAUUUACGAUCGGUUGUUCACUUGGAUAGUAAGUAAGGUCAAUGAAGCCUUAAUACCAUAUAUUGAAAAUGAUAAGUACAAAGGAGGAACUGUAAUUGGAGUAUUAGAUAUUUAUGGAUUUGAAGUAUUUGAACAUAAUAGCUUUGAACAAUUUUGCAUUAACUACUGUAAUGAAAAGCUUCAACAAGUAUUCAUAGAUUUGGUGUUGCGUCAAGAGCAGGAAGAAUACAAAAAAGAAGGCAUAGCCUGGCAAGAGAUCAAAUAUUUUAACAACCAAGUAAUUUGUGACCUUGUAGAAAAACCUCAUCAAGGUGUAAUUUCAAUUAUGGAUGAAGCUUGUCUGAAUGUAGGCAAAGUAAACGAUGAAAUGUUAUUAGAAGCCAUGGACUCAAAACUGUCGUAUCACAAACACUAUUCUAGCAGGCAGGUGAAUACAUUGGACAAAGAUUUAAAACACAAGACUCAAUUUAAAAUUUUACAUUACGCUGGUGAUGUAGUGUAUAAUAUUUAUGGUUUUUUGGAAAAAAAUAAAGAUACAUUAUUUCAAGAUUUUAAAAGACUGCUUUACUCUUCAAAGAACCCAAUUAUUAGAGAUAUGUGGCCUGAAGGAGCCUUAGAUAUAAAAUCUACAACAAAAAGACCAGUAACUGCUGGAAGUGCAUUUAAAACAUCAAUGAUUGCUUUGGUCAAAACAUUAAAUAGUAAAAUGCCAUAUUAUGUGAGAUGUAUAAAACCAAAUGAAAAUAAGGCUCCUGUUGGGAUAGACUAUAAAAGAGUUGUUCAUCAAGUUUCUUAUUUGGGUCUAUUAGAAAAUGUCAGAGUACGAAGAGCUGGAUUUGCUCAUAGACAGCCUUAUAGCAGAUUCCUCAAAAGGUAUAAAAUGAUAAGUGGUUUUACAUGGCCUAGUUAUAAAUGUAGUGACAAAGAAGCCACCAGAGCAUUAAUAGAUGAAAAUAAUUUUACAAAUGAUGUUAAAUAUGGGAUAACAAAGUUAUUUAUUAGAUCACCUCAAACAUUAUUUGCCUUGGAAAAGAUGAGAGCAGAAUUAAUUCCAGCUAUUGUGAUAUUAUUGCAAAAACAGUGGCGAGGUGCUAUAUGUCGUGCUAAAUUCCGCAAAAUGAAAGCUGCCUAUUAUAUAAUUAAAUUUUAUCGACGUCAUAAAAUACGUACUUACCUUAAAUCUGUCUUGGAAGCUCAUAGAACUUGUGAAAUGAAUGCGCAUCAUAAGGAAUCAAUAGUUUGGCCACAAAUAAAUUUUGCUGUUCGUCAAUUAGAACCUUCAUUAAGGUCUAUAUACAAACGAUGGAAGGCAUAUAAACUAUUGAGCCCCUAUCCUAGAAGUGAAUGGCCACAGUUACGAUGCAAAGUAUAUGCUGCAUCUUUAUUAUGGGGAAAACGGCCAAGUUGGGGUGCAAAACGUAUGUGGAGAGGUGAUUAUCUUUCAUCACCAACAGAAAAUGUAGAAAAUGCAAAUUAUACAGUUGCAUUGAAUAACCUUAAGAACUCUGAUCGUUUUAAUCAGGUGUUGUUUUCGAGCUUCAUUCAUAAAACGAACCGUUAUAAUAAGUGUGCAGAUCGUGCAAUAUUAAUAACUGAUUGGGCAAUUUAUAAGUUGGACAUAACAAAUUUCAAACCAAUGAAAAAAGGAAUGCCUAUACAAGAAGUAACUGGAAUGAGUGUAAGUCCAGGACAAGAUCAACUGGUUGUAAUUCAUUCUAAUCGAGGAAAUGAUCUUGUAGUUACUUUAAAACCAACUGCUGACAUUAAUGAAGACAGAAUUGGUGAGCUUUUAGGAGUAAUCAGCACCAGAUAUUUCCAAUUGAGGAACUCUGAGUUGCCAGUAAAUGUGUCCAACAAAUUUAACUGUAUGUUGGGAAAAAAGUCUCGAAUGCUUCGAGUUGAAGUCAAUCCUCAAACAUCAACUGCCAGUUUUAGAAAAGAUGAUAAUGGUGGUAUCGUAUACAUCAUACCUCCAAAUGUUGCAGUUCACCCAUUUAUUAAAGCGUAAAUUCUGUCAAAUAUUUAUUUUUUUUAUUCAAUCUUGUAAAAAUAAAUGAUCGAGUACAAAGUCAAAAAUAUUGAAUUUCCUUUGGUAAUUUACUCAAGGGCAUUUUAGUUUUAAUAUCCGUUGAACAUAUCUAAACUCUGAACAAGUUUUAAAUUAUAAAUGUAUUUUAAAAGAUAGUUUAUUCUUAUUUUAUUUAAAAAUAAACUAACACGGUGAUUUUAAUUUAAUUAUUAUUUUAAAUUAUUGAUUAACAAAUGUUCAUGCCAUUGGAAUUUUGUGCCUUAUAUUAAUUGAUUAAACUGUGAUUUCUAACUAGUUCAUUUAUAUAUUUCUUUACUAUUUUUUUGUGCAAUUAUAGUAUUUCAUACCUAUAUUUUUAAUUUCAUCACAUUAUUUUAUCGUAGUUAUUUAUUCAUUCACAUUCUUCUUAGGAAACUAUUUAAUUUUUAUGUUUGUGUAUUUGUAUGAUGUUUAGUUUAAGCAAUUGAACCUAUAACAUAUCAGCAUUAUUCAAAUUUGUAUAAUUUUAUACUUUUUAUUAUCCUAUUUGUAUAGUUGUUAAAAAAAAAAAGUUGUUAGUAAUAACUAAUGAGAUAUAAUACAUUUUUAUAUAUAUUUGAUGUAACUUGUAAGUGUUAGAAGCACUAUAAAAAAUAUAUUUUGUUUUAUUUAAUAGUAUAUUUUUGAUCAAGGUUCCCAUCAUAGUAUCCAGAAACUUUUAUAAUCUCUUAAAUAACCUAAACAAAAUAAUCAUGUGGUUAAAUUAA